AUGGAGAAGGAGUGUCUGGCGCUUCGUUGGCAUUUUACGGCCUCCGAUUGGUUCGAUUUAUGUUAUUUGCACCACGUGACACCAGACAUCGCCGCCAGCGAGCCGAGUAAAGACAGUAAGGACACCAUUCUGGAGCCGCUGUGUUUCCCCGAUCAGCCUGCUGACACCUCCAGCCCUCCCGGUGUUCAAUGUCCCGGCUCCGAGCCGCUGGUCUGCCUGCUCUGCUCUGAGUCCGUCCCACCGCCGCAGAAAGACGUCCUCCUCAGACACCUGCUGAUGGAGCACAAGCUUGUCAUCGCAGACGUCCCAAAGUACUUGCUGUACUGGAAGGGCAGAUUCCUCGAGCAGCCGGUCACAGAUUUCUGCAGCGUCAUCAAAACCAACUCCACGGGCCCAGUCGAGAAGCAGGAGGACUACUUCCUGCUGUGUGACGUCCUUCCAGAAGACAGAGUCCUCCGAGAGAAGCUGCAGCAGAAACGACUGGAGGAGGUCCUGGAGCAGCAGCAGAAGGAGCGAGACGACAGCAGCUUCCAUCGUCUCUGCAUGUUCUGCAGCGAAGAGUUCACGGGAAACCGGUCGUCUCUGCUGAACCACAUGGCCAGAGAGCAUUCCUUCAGCAUCAGACUGCCGGACAACAUCGUCUACUGCAGCGAGUUCCUCGACACGCUGCAGGACAAACUGGACAGUCUGCAGUGUCUGUACUGCGAGAAAACGUUUCGAGAUAAAACCACGCUGAAGGAUCACACGAGGAAAAAAGCUCACCGCCGCAUCAACGCCAAAAACCACGAGUACGACCGCUUCUCCGUCAUCAACCACCUGGAACUGGGAAAAACGUGGGAGGAGGUGCAAAGCAAAGAUGACCGUGAGCUGGCGGAUGAUGAGGAUGAGCCUCUCGUCCUCCGCCAUCGUCGCCAGUCAGCAAGCGUCCGCCCCGUCCAUGUACCCGCCCGCACGGAGGUGAGAACGGCACACCUGAUUGGCCAGCCUCUAUGCCUCUCCGAGUCAUGUGACUGGAUCACGUGAAGAAGCGUUUCUGUUUCCAUGACAUCAGUUCUGUGGUUUUCUGUGUAUGUUUGAUAUCUCUGCCUGGACGUCCAGCCAACUGCUCCGACCUUCGCUGGACCGGAUCCUGGUCCCGUUGGGUUUUGCUGGUUCUGGGCGGUCCCGUUGGCCAACAGGUGCUGCUGGGAUGCAAGUGGGCAGAGCUCACAGUGACGUACCUGCAGGGACGACUAGGUGACCUCUGACCUCUUUCAGAAGGACGGGCUCAGCUCCGGAUGACAUCACACCGUUACCUGGAUGCGUCUCAGCUUCACAUGAAAUAAAGAGAACACUGGAUGAAGGAGGGCCGGAAAAUCAGAGGGCAGUAUUCAGACUGCUUCCUUGUACUGACUGAGUGACAGGCUCCUCCUCCUCAGUGUGUAGCUGUAAACGUGCUCAGUGUGUGUGUGUGUGUGUGUGUGUGUGUGUGUGUGUGAUGGUGUGUGUGUGUGUGUAAAUACUGUACAGAGGCAUUAUUUUAAAGAGCCUGUUGGAUGAUGUUGGAUUUCCUACUCUUCUUUUUGUCUGGUAGUCUCUGCCUCUGUUUUUCUACUGUUGUUGAUCUGAUAUUAAACCUGUAGCUGGUGGAGUAGCGCUCGAGCUCAGUGUCCCCAUUUAUUCCCUGAAAACACCAGAGAGAAGCUGAUGUUGUGAAACGUCUUCAGGUCCUGGGAUGAUGGGAGGCAGGAGGGAUUCGCUCAAAUUCUUCUUUCAAAACAAAAAGCUUGCAGACUCUGGUUUCAUUGUGUAGAAUAAAAUAUUUCCUGGUUUAAAAACGUAAAAAACAAAUGGAGAAAUGUGCUUAUGGAUGUGGAGCCAUAUAUUAUUCACUUUAUUCAGUAAUAUGUGGCCUCGUUAAUAAAGAACUGACCUGCCUAAUGUACUGCAAAGCACAUGCACAUAUAAUUCAGGAUCACUGUAACCUCAGUGGCUUUUAAUAAACUUUAUUUUGCAGUUUCA